UCAUUUCAUACUGCAAAUCCAUCAGCAAUGGAAAGACUGAUUCUUCUGCUGCUUUUCUCAGGUUGGAGAAGAAUAGAAGCUGCAGAAGCAUGUAUGCACUGCAUGGGAGAAGACUAUACAGGCACGGUCUCCACCACAGUACAUGGAUAUACCUGCCAACACUGGAGCGCUCAGACACCCCACCAACAUAAUUUUGAUCCUUUACUCGUACCUGGAAUGAACUUGGAGGAGAACUAUUGUAGGAACCCUGAUGGAGAAUUGGGGCCCUGGUGUUAUACCACAAGUCCAUCCAUACGUUGGGGAUACUGCUCUGUUCCUCAAUGCAUAACUGAACCGCCCGCAAUUGUACCAGAGCACACCUGUUUUACCGGAGAUGGACACCUUUACAGGGGGAAUAUUUCUGUGACAAAAUCUGGCCUAACUUGCCAGAGUUGGGUGUCUCAAACUCCCCACACACAUGACAGAACUCCACAGAUCUACAAGUGCAGGUAG